AUGGCAGCCGCGGCCAGCGCCCGGAGGUUACCCAUGGGUGUGCGAACAUUCAGCGAGUUUCUCGAGAUUGCCACCGUGGGCUCUCCACGGUCGUGUCGCACUGCAGGGUCAAGAGGAUGCAUCCGACAAAACAUCAGACACUUGUCAUCAUGUGGCAUACUGAUGACAAGAACUCCCAGAGUGCUCUGCCUUCAAGACUGGGACACAAUGACAGCCGUUCCUCAAAGCAGAAACUUCAUCAGCCUCACCAAUAAAAGGAAGGAGUACUCCGAACGUAGGAUACUUGGAUACUCCAUGCAGGAGAUGUAUGAUGUGGUGGCCAAUGUGGAUGAAUACAAGCACUUUGUUCCCUGGUGUAAGAAGUCACAGACCAUCAUGAAGCGAGCAGGCCACUCCAAAGCCCAGCUGGAGGUGGGCUUCCCACCAGUGGUAGAGAGAUACACAUCUAUGAUCACUAGUGUCCGGCCUCAUCUUGUUAAAGCGGUAUGUACAGAUGGAAAACUUUUCAAUCACCUUGAGACAAUAUGGCGCUUCAGUCCUGGUAUCCCUGGCUACCCUCGCACCUGCACUGUAGACUUUUCUAUUUCCUUUGAGUUCCGCUCUUUGCUGCACUCCCAGUUAGCCACAGUAUUCUUUGAUGAAGUCGUAAAGCAGAACGUUGCUGCCUUUGAGCGGCGAGCCUGUAAGCUCUAUGGCCCAGAGACUCGAAUCCCGCGGGAGCUGAUGUUUCAUGAGGUGCACCAGACGUGAAGCUGACCACUGUAUGGCCUCGUCUAGCCUUACAACACAUUUACGCCGCUUUUUUCCCACGGACCUGCUUGACGCCGCUCAGUUGCCCACCAUCUGAAGUCUCCACGGCCACCCAGAUGCCAGUGUCCCUCACAAGAACGUAGGACUGUCCAUCCCUUGUAAGCCUCACAUAGGAACAGUCACAGUUGUUACUUCUGCGCCAAUAUAACAUGACACAGCAUUAGUGUUUUUUUUUUUUUACUACGCCCCCUCUCCAUAUGUUAAGUCUGUACAGUGUCCAUCUACCUCCACUCAAGGGAUCCUGCCUUGGCAGAGGAACCCUGCAUUGCUGGUUUGCUCCAUUGCAGUCACAAGCUCUAUUUAUGUAAACAAAACAGUAAAUCCAUGCAACAUCAUAACACCAAUGGCAGUGACUUGAGUAUUAUUAUUCAGCAGCGAAUGGACAGCACAAUUACAGUCGACAACACACUUUUUUUUUUUUUUUUUUUUUUUACAAAAGGCAUCGGGACCUUUUGAUGCUGACUUUGUGCCAGCAGUGACGUGUUUGGCUGUUGACUGGGAACAAAGCUUGCUAUUCACUGUGCCCUUGAAGGGGUCACACACCACUUAUUUUACCUGCGACUUUAUCAUUUUCAAGUCAAGGUGUGUCUGAACUUCUGUUUCAGUUCAGCACUUGCAACAGCUGAUGACAUUGUUUUUUACUUAAUCAAAUGGUGGUUUUAAAUUAUUUGUCUGACCUAUGAUACUGGACCUGGUACUGAACAGAAAAAAGCAAUUCAUUUUAUCCUAGUCAGUUUUCAAAUAAUUGCUUAUGCAAAUUAAGUUUAAGCAAAUUAAAUUUAGUAUGUUUUUAUCGGGCUGAAAAUUAAUUGUGCCAUUUUUGGGGGGGAAUAAAGGACAUUACCUUGCCCCAAUGUGUGCUGUGAGAAUACUAUUCAAGUGCUAUUUUUUGUUUAGGGGGAAACAAGGUCCCUUUUUUCUUGCUUCAAUUGACUGAGCAUAGAGAAAUGAAGCUUUAACUUGACUAUGUUAUGCUGUGAAGGUUGUAGUUGUGGACAUUGAAACUAGGCCAGAUAUUGUAGUAAUGACUUAUUUUACAGCCCAAAAUACCCACCAGGUAAUUAACAGAAAAUAAAAUAAAUAAAUAAACAAAUAAAUGACCAAGUACAAGGAUACCUUAAUUAUUUGCAAAUAAUUGUAAGCUACCUGGUGCCAGUCAGCAGGGUGAGUAGUACUGUAAACGCAUUAGAAUUACAUUAGUGUGAUACAAAGCAAUGUGGGGUAGAUCAGGGGGGCGGCCUCUGAUCCUCUUUUGCUGUUUGCUAAGUGUAUUCUCAAGUUGAAUAUUUGGCCUGGUGAUGGCACUAGAAGAAAGGUCAUGGGGUCACCAAAAUCAACAAGGUUCUCGCUCUUGGGGGUCAUGAAUGUGCAGAGCAAAUUGACAGGGAUUGACAUUAAAGGUUUUAGCAAUUGCGUUCACCACCAGGACUUUUGGCAGCAGACGCAGUUAUGGGAGAAUUUAUAGUAUCCCUGACUUCUCAUUUCAGGGAUUUAAGCAGUAAAAUCAAAAAGCUUCUUCAAAACAUUUGUGGCAUAGGCUAGUCACUAACUGUAAAAAGUGACUGUUACAGAAUAAUAAUAAUCCAGUGGAUUAUUACACCAAUAAAACAAUCUCUAAUAGAACCUGUUCUGAAAGGGAGAUACCCAACCUUGCAGAUGGUAUCCUGUUACAUCUUAUAACGAAUGUCAGUAGAAACCACAGAGCUAGUCAUACUGUGAUGUUUUUUGCCAUGCACAUUUCUCAAUAUACUAACAUACAUUGUGGGCUGCAGAAUAAACCAUUAUCAAUA